ACUACAUGUAGUUCGCAGCUCCCCAAAUUUACAGGUAUUACGAAUUAUUUAUCACUACCUAAGGAAGUACUUAAGUUAGCACUCGCCGUUCACCAUUCGUUUGUAGCAAAUGACUUGACUAACUAGAGGUCCAGCAUUUCCAACACCUUCCUGUAAAACCUACUUCUUACACUAACUACCGCCUUGUUCGAGUUAUAAGGAGAUCCUCAAUUCCGUGUUGAGUACCUGUUAAAAGUCACCUAUUGGUUUCAGACAUGCUCUGGUCCACAUUAUCGUCAUCAGAAAGUUGCCCGUUCUCUUUCAUCCUAACUUAACUUCAACUCUUGUUCUCUUUCUCUCCCUCUUUUUCAUCUCGCCCGAUUUUUCAGCUUUCUUAUUACAUCCCAUAUCAAGGUCAUCAUCUACUAUCAAUCCUUACUAUGGCGAAACACAAAAGAGGCGGUGCUGGCCCUAAGUUCAAGGGUCAGCGGUUCCCUCAUCGUAAAAACCCUUCAUUUGCGAAUCGCUUAGGAGAGUAUGGCGGUAACAAUCCAUCACCAGGCUUCCAAAGCUUUGUGCGACCCCACGGCUACACGCUUGCCGACGAGGCUAGGAACACGGCAAACAAUCGCCGCGGCGCUCGUGGCAAUGACGCAAAACUGAGAUAUAAGCCUGUUACGUUUAUUAGUGCUGGUUUCAUGGAUCCGCUUGAGGAUCUCAACGUACAACUUACCACUUCGAAUAAACCGCGAGAAAGCAUAAGUCUUGCAGAACAGAUCCCUAUCGCUGCAUCUCCUGUAGUAGAUAUUAGCCUAUCUGAGGACCGCAUUUCGCCUUCUCCUGAUGAAGUGCCAUCCCGCGUCACACAACUGCCUUCCACAUCACAUUCGCAUAUUGAUCCGAGCAAGACUUCAACGAAGGAUCAUAGGCGCCCUGCAGAUCCUGAAUCCGAGCAUGAUGGAGAAUCCAGCGAAGAAGUUAUAUUGUUUAAAGGCAGAGAUCGUGUUCGCAAAGAGCCAAUCUCUCCAGGAGUCAAAAAUGAGACUGACGUCGACUCUUUGAAGCUACACGAAUUAGGCAUAGAGCUAGAGCAAGUCAUCGAGGAGACCAUUCACCCAGAACCAGCGAAAACAAGCCAUGUAGUGAAAGAUGACUACAUACCUCUGAAAGGCAAGCCAAAGACCCGUAGCCGACAGCGUAAAGCAAAUCAAAGCGCUACAUCGGAUGAAGAAGCCGCUAUCAUUGCGGAUUACAUGGCUAAUAUCAAGGAUUGGGGAGUGGGAGAAGAAGAAGAAGAUGAUGAUGAUGAAGACCAACAUUUAGGAAUCGGGUCUUAUGGUUUUAGCGUACUGAGAGAUCUCGGUGGCACUGAUAGCGACGCUAUUCCCGACGAAGUCUCAAGUGAAGCCGAUACGGAUGGCGUCUCAGAAGACGUGGAAGGUGAAACCGACGAGGAAACCCGUCGACGUCACCUUGAAGCUAAGGACGAACGCAUAGCACGUGUGCUUGCUAAACAAGAAGAGCUAGGUAUUGACGGUGAUGAUGUAUUGCUUUUCGACGGGGAAGCUUCAGAUGAAUGGGUGGCAUCUCAUCCUGUCCCACGUCGCAAAAGGAAGGGCAAUUCAAAAGCUAAAAUCAUCCAAAAGAAAGGUCAAUAUCCAAGUGCAACACAGAUGGCGGAUGCAUUUGAUGAGUUAGAUCUUAUGGAUUGGCAUCGACCCAGUCUCAACAACAUUAAGAAGGGAUUACCAACAUUCGACCUAUCAGACUCUGAAUUGGAAGAGGCUAUGAGAUUAACCCAUCAGCGGGACCGCCUUAAGAAGGCAGAGAAGAAGAGAGCACGCGAAGAACUACGAUCGCAAGGCCUACUUGGGAAGAAUGCCAAUCCCAACGACCUUCGAAUUAAGUACCUUGGGGGUAUGUCGCUAGAUGAUCUUGCUAACGAACUUGAGGUUUUUCUCCUUAGUUUUAAAGAGCAACUUAUCCUACCGCCAUUCGACAGGGACACCCGUAAAACAGUCCACGCCUUGGCCAACAAGUUCAAGAUUAAAUCGCAGUCCGCAGGUAAAGGCAAGGAUAGAUACCCAGUCCUUUAUCGCUGCAAGGCCACGCUCCCGUUUGACCGAGUCACAUUUGACAGGACAUUCGGUCGUGUUAGGCAAACCUGGUUCCCUCGUGUCGACGCCAACCCGAAAUUGGUGGACGAAACCAGAAUUCUUAAGCGAGCCGAAGCCCGAAGCGGCAAGUCGCGCUUCAAGAGCUCCCUAACUUAUCGCGAAGGAGAUAUUGUCGGACAAAAUGCUGUUGAAAUAGGCUCAGAAAAUAAGGGUAGGACGAUGUUGGAGAAAAUGGGUUGGUCCAAGGGCAUGGCCCUGGGAAGUGAAGAGAAUAAGGGUAUUAUGGUGCCUAUUACGCAUGUGGUCAAGAAAUCCAAAGCCGGACUUGGAGAUGCCUAAAAAGGAGUGUAUUCACUGGUAUUUGGCCGAUUGUAAAUUUACAAACAGAACAUUACAUUACGGGGCUAGGGCAUUGAUGGCGCAUACUAUUCUUACGCGUAUUGGGAUGUUAGACAUGCGUGGCUAUCCAAGCAACAGAGCUUAGAAUUCAACUUUUCAUCCUUUCCAUCGGAAACAUGAAAAGCCUAAUAGACCCAAACGGAACCCCGUCCUGGUUGUCUGAUAAAGCAGUCUUGGGGUUUAAACCUUCUUCAUUCGAUAACCAUCUAUAGUAUAUUGUGGCGGACCCGAAGAUGUGUCCAGUUUGUACCGUAUGAAAUAUUAUACGGGGCUGGCAGUAUGUAUUAGGUCGCAAGAGGAACCAAGCUGAAUUUAAGC